AUGAACUCUCUCCGCGACGAUGCCAAUGCCAGUGCCAAUGCAGAUGCGCUGCGCUUCCUUGUCCACCAAGAAGCGCAGGAGCGCACAGGGAGCCAGUCCCAAGAAAUCGCCGUCACGUCCAAGAACUCUUGGGAGAAAAGAGCUGGACGGCCAAGUCGCUUGGCCAAUCCGCGCCCAGCAUCAAAAUUCGAGUGCUCCGAGGAAAUAUUUCAUUGGUGGAAAGACCCUUUUUCCCCUUCAUUUAUGCCACUGCGGGAAGGGAGGUCGCCUUUUGAUCUUCCAGAGGCAAAGUAUCCGUAUUGCUGCGGCAAUUUAGACGAGAACCUCCUUCCCCAUGUCCGCUGCGAAGGGCAGUCUUGGACAUCCCGACUCGGGAGCUGGAACCGGGUGGUCGGUCAGAGUGGGGAGAGCGCCGGAGCCGACGGGGGGGGAGGUGUUUGCUGUGUUUGCUUGCCCCGGUGGCCAGCCCGAACCGAACGGAUCGGUCCGACGAAGGAGGGUGCAAAGUCCCACUGUCAGCAGCAGGAGACGCAGUGCAGUAGUUGUGAGGCGGAGUUACGAGCGCUGGAGGUGUGUGAGGUGUUCAGCUUGAAUUUUGAAGCUUUUCGCAAGCCAUCACUUAGUGGACGAUCAGCUCCUUAG